AUGGCAGAAAUGGGAGUCUGUGCUGUCCCUGGCUGGCACAAGGUGUCCCACCCUCAGUGCUGGGACCCCGAGGUGACGGUGGCAGAGGCAGCUGGUCCCAGCACGGGCGGGCUGGCGGGCAGCGGGGUGGCGUGGAACGAGAGCCAGCACUGCCGGCUGCUGGUGCCCGAGCAGGUCCAGCUGUGCCGCCGGAACCUGGAGGUGAUGCCCAGCGUUGUCCGGGCUGCCCGCCGGACCCUGGCCCUGUGCCAGCAGAGCUUUGCGGACAUGAGGUGGAACUGCUCCUCCAUCCAGCGAGCCCCCAGCUUCGGCCCCGAGCUGCUCACAGGAACACGGGAAGCCGCCUUCGUGCACGCCCUGGCAGCGGCGGCGGUGGCCCAGGGCAUCGCCCGCUCCUGCKCCUCCGGAGAGCUCCCGCUCUGCUCCUGCGGCCCCGGCCCCGCCGAGCCCCCCGAAACCGGCUCCCGAUGGGGCGGCUGCGGCGACAACCUGAGCCACGGCCUCCAGCUCGGAGCCGCUUUCACCGACGGCUCCGCCCGAGCCGCCCCCGGGGCCACGCCGGGGCUCCGCGCCGUGAACCGGCACAACGGAGCCGUGGGGCGGGCGGUGCUCCGUGACUCCCUGGAUACCAGGUGUAAAUGCCACGGAGUUUCAGGCUCCUGCUCAGUGAGGACCUGCUGGAAGGGGCUGCCAGACCUGGGGGAAAUUGCCUCUGACCUCAAAUCCAGGUACCUGGCAGCCCUCAGGGUGACCCACCGGCUCGUGGGGCCCAGGAAGCAGCUGAUCCCCAAGGAAGGGGAUGCCAGGCCUGUGACAGAGAUGGAUCUGGUUUAUCUCAUCAACUCUCCCGACUAUUGCACCCCAAACCCCCAGCUGGGCUCUCUGGGGACACAGGACAGGCCGUGCAACAGGAACUCCGUGGGCAGUGACAGCUGUGACCUGCUGUGCUGUGGCCGUGGCUACAACACCUACACGGAGGAGGUGCAGGAGCGCUGCCACUGCCGCUACCGCUGGUGCUGCUCCGUGGUGUGCAGGCGCUGCCGGCGCAGCCUGGACAGACACGUCUGCAAAUGAGGAGCAGAGUUUGUCCAGGCAUGGCUGGACAGCGGGAGCCCAUCCCAAGGGAUGCUCCCAGCAAGGAGGAGGCUGUGCAGGAAGCCUGGCCUCGCAUGGAAAACUCAAACUGAGGGAUUUGGGGAAUCCAGUCCCUUCCAGCCCAGAGCUCUGGUCAGUGGUCAGCCCUCUGCCUCCAGCUGGGAAAAGCCACUGAUCAUUGCACAAGUUCCUUUCUCCAGGGGAAUGGGGACCCUGGGCUGCCAUUGUGCCUUUGCAGGAGGAUUCUGACAGCAGGAGUGAUGGAUGGGAGGGGGUAGAGUUAUCCACAGGGAGAAGGUUGCAGGGAUGGAAAGCUGCUACGGGUGAGGGGGUCAUGGGCAGCUCCUUUGGGAAUGGGAUUCUGCUGGGUGUUCCUCCUCAGGGGAAAACCCUGCUCCAGUGGCAUUUGCAGCAUCCCAAGGGAGAUGCAUGGAGAUGGUGCUGAUGAGGGCAGAGACACCAGGGACAGGAGAGGGCCUGGGGGCUGCCAAAACUGGGCAAAAACACACCUCAGCCAUGGCAUCACUGUAGCUUCUGUCCUCGUUUUGGAGGUGGGAGCCCACUCAACACAUGGAAUCUUCAUGGUUUGUCCUUCCUGCCCCUUCUUUUGGCCCACUGACACCUUCAGCCCAUUCCUUCCACCCCUCGGGACCAGGUGUGUUGGAAUUCUGGCCUGGAGAGGGGGACACAAUUACAGGGCCUUGGGGAAGCAAGAAAGAACCUUUAGUCUCUGUAGUCCCUGUAUUCUGGUGUGUGUGUUUAAAAUAAACAUGUUAUA